CUUGGCGGCGGCAAACCUUCACUCCGUUCACCCCUGUGCUGCCACCGUGCCCACGAUCUCUCCCGCCCGAUCCGAAUGGCUGGAAUCAGGCUGACGCCCGACGAGCCCGAGCUGCCGCAGGGUACCCCGCCCAGACCCCAGCUGCCGCUCCCCGUCGCCGGCGCCGGAGUCGCAGCGGGCGGCGGCGGCAGCGGCAGCGGUGGACUGGAGAUGGCCUCGGACGAUGAGAGGUCGGUGGCGGCAGACUCGUGGUCCGUGCGGAGCGAUUACGGGAGCACGCUCGACGACGACCAGCGCUACGUUGAUGCUGCCGACGUGCUCGCCGCGGCGGCUGCCGCCGCGAACUUCCCCUCCGCCGCCUCCGAUUACUGUUCUGAUAAAGAUGACCAAGAUCCUGGAGAGGUUGAAGGUUCAAUGUUGGGGCUGCAAAGUUAUUGGGAUGCUUCUUAUUCAGAAGAUUUAGCAAAUUAUCAGGAACAUGGGCAUGCUGGAGAAAUAUGGUUCGGUGUAAAUGUAAUGGAUACUGUUGCUAUUUGGACAAAAAAGUUAUGUGCAAACUUUAUCCAAGGAGGUACUUCAUCGACUAAUGACAACAACAAUUGUGAAGGUGAUGAUAAAGACUUCUUCAACUACCCUAUCCUUGAUCUUGGAACUGGGAACGGCCUCCUUCUGCAAGCACUUGCCAAGCAGGGAUUCUCAGACUUAACAGGAACUGAUUACAGUGAAGGAGCCAUUGAACUUGCAAGAAACCUUGCUGCUCGUGAUGGAUUCACUACUAUAAGUUUCGUGGUUGAUGAUGUACUUGAGACGAAGUUAGACAGGAAAUUUAAAAUCAUUACAGAUAAAGGGACUUUGGAUGCCAUUGGAUUGCAUCCGGAUGGACGUGCAAAAAGAGUGAUGUAUUGGGAGUCUGUAUCAAACUUGGUUGAACCUGGUGGCAUCGUGGUCAUAACAUCAUGCAAUCACACAAAGAACGAGCUUCUACAAGAAGUAGAAGACUUCAGUGUGCAAAAGUCUGUUAAAGAGGACGCGGACAGAGGUGUAAGCGACGUGCAACCGGUCUUCCGGUACUUGGAUCAUGUCCAAACAUAUCCUACCAUCAUGUUUGGCGGAGUUGAGGGGUCUCAAGUGUGCACCGUGGCUUUCCAACGUGCGUGAAUGACCAAUUUUAAGCGUGCUUUGCUCUCAGUGUUGUAGCUUGUUUUAUCAUCGGUUGUUGAUGUAGCCUUGUUUAUUCCGGAGUUGAAAAGAGUAAGAGAACACUUCCGAAGCAAAAAAAAAAAGUGUACUGUAAACGAACGAGAGGGACACUGCUGUACUUCAUUGAUGUAAGACUGAAUGCCUACACUCUUUAUGUCAGUUCCUUACUCUUUUCAAAGAAAAUGCAGACGUUUUGGUUUUGUUA